AUGAUUAACGACUAUCGAGACAGUGUGGGGAAAACAGGAAAAUGGCUUUCAUAUUCAUCUACAAGCGAAGAUCGUUUUGGCGUCUCCCAUAAAGAAGUAAGUUUAUUAUCACAUUAUCCAGAUGAAGAAGAAGUAUUAUUGAAAGCAGGUGCAAGUUUUAGAAUCGACAAAGUUGAGAAAGACGAAAAAGAUGAUAAAUACUUGAUCUAUCUGACAAUUAUAUGA